GCGACCAACGCUUCAUUGAAGCUGUUGGCAUUGGACAAGUCAUUCUCAAUAUACGUUCAACUACCGGCAUUAUUGUCUCUGCAGUCACUCGUGAAGUGUACCAUGUCCCUGAACUCCACGGCAACCUUCUUUCUGUGGCAAAAUUCACUCGGGAUGGUGGUAAAGUCACCUUCUCUGGUGACACCUGCACAAUGACAAGCCCCUCUGGUCAACUCUCUGCUAUCGCUCGGAAGAAAGCGGACGGUCUCUACAUCCUUGACGUCUCGAUUGAACCCUCACCCUCUGCUCUCUACACUCGCAUCACCGAUGACGAUGUAACUUCCGAUGACAAUGGCGACCUCUAUGCCUUCCAAACUGUUGCCAAGCCCACCUCUGUCUCAAAGGCUAGUCUAGAAACAUGGCAUCAUCGCCUUGGUCACAUUAACUAUGACUAUGUUCUAAAGAUGUUUCGGAAUGGGUUAGCACAGGGUAUGGAGAUUGUUGGUAGCACCACACCCAAAAUGGAGGUCUGUGCUCCAUGUGUCAAGGGAAAACAAACUCGCACGAUCAUUCCUUCCACGUCCUCAGUGAAAUCACCUCAUGUCAACUAUCGUGUCCACUCAGACAACUGCGGUCCAAUGCAAACACCCUCUCAUCUUGGUCAUCUCUACUUCAAUACCCAUAUUGAUGCUCACAGCCAUCAUGUCCAUGUUGAUCUUAUCAAAGCCAAGUCAGAGACACACUCCUGUGCUGUUAACUACAUUUCGCAUACUGAACUUGUGACUGCACAGCCACUUGUUUAUUAUCGCAGUGAUGGUGGUGGCAAGUAUGAGUCUGCCCAGCUUACAGCUUAUUUCAAGACCAAGGGUAUUCACCAUGAGAAGACCAAUGCAUACACUCCGCAGGAGAAUGGAGUAGCUGAAUGCAUGAAUCGGACUCUGGUUGAGAUGGCACGCACAAUGCUUGAGGAUGCAGGACUUCCAAAGUCACUCUGGGGUGACGCCAUCCAGUACGCGGCAUACAUCAUCAAUCGUACACCGACGCGAUCUCUUCCCAACAACCGCACUCCUCACGAGGUUCACACUGGCAACAUUCCUUCCGUUGCUCACCUUCGUAUCUUUGGAUGCAAGGCCUAUGCUCAUGUUCCCACUGAGAAGCGUCGCAAACUGGAUUCAAAGUCUUUUGAAUGCAUGUUUAUUGGUUUUGCAGAGAACCAGAAGGCCUACAAACUCUUGCACCACCCAUCUGAUCGUGUUCACACAUCACGCGAUGUUCGCUUCGAUGAGGGAGAAGACUCCAAGAUAACACGUGUCGAGAUUGAGCCUGAGGCACCAACUGAGGACAACCAUGAGAAAUCUCCAAAAACCCCUGCUUCUUCAGCUCAUUCCACUUGUCCUACGGUUGAGGAGGUGACAGAUGAGUCGGAAGUCAAUGCAAUGCUUGAGGAGGUACCUGACGACAAGUCAGAAGAUGAGGUUGAUGUACCUCCGCCACUACCAGUCCAAUGUGCCCCACUUCGCCGUUCUACUCGCCGUACCAAGGAACCGAUUCGAGAUGAUGAUUCCCACUUCAAGGUCUCAUCCUACAAUUGGACAGCGAAGAAGGAACGACGCUGGACAGAACUAUCUCUGGAUCAAGAUCCAGUGGGCAAUUCCGACCAACAAGCCAACUGCAUGACUCUGACAGAUGAACCUCAAACUUACGAAGAGGCAAUCUCAGGACCCAACUCGCAAGACUGGUUAGCUGCCUGCGCAGAGGAACUCAAGGUUUUUGUGGAGAAAGAACUUUUCGAUGAAGUUCAGAGGCCGAGAAAUCGACGGGUGGUAGGCUGCAAAUGGGUAUUUCGGCACAAGUAUGGUCCGGAUGGGCAAAUCGAACGAUACAAGGCAAGACUCGUAGCACAAGGUUUCACUCAAAUUCACGGUGUUGACUACAAUGAGACUUUUGCUCCGGUCACCAAGUUCAACUCAAUCUGAAUCCUCCUUGCUCUUGCCGCCAAACUCAAUCUCGAGAUUCAUCAAAUGGAUGUCAAGUCGGUGUUCUUAAAUGGUGACCUCGACGAGGAUAUCUACAUGGCUAUUCCUCCCAGUUUUGUUGCAUCUGCCGACGGCAUGGUCUGGAAGCUCAAGAAGUCCCUUUAUGGACUUAAACAAGCCAGCCAUGAGUGGUACAAGAAAGUCCGUGCUGAAUU